AUGCCCGAAACAAUGAAAGCAGUCGACGUACGCGGCGGCGCGGGUCCCGCAUCAGCCCUGUUCAUCAACGCCGAGACGCCCAAGCCGACCCCGGGCGCGGGCCAGGUGCUGGUCAAAGUAUCGGCGUUUGGCCUGAACCGGAUGGACCUCCUGCAGCGCGAGGGGCAGUACCCGGUUCCUCCGCAGGCGCCCAAGACGCUCGGCGUCGAGUUCAGCGGCGUGAUCGAGUCCCUGGGCGACUUCUCCUCCUGUCCGUCUUCCGCAUCCGCCGACGGCGACGGCGUCCCCUUCAAAGAGGGCGACGCCGUCUUCGGCCUGGCCUACGGCGGCGCCUACGCCGAGUACAUCGCCGUGAGCGCCCGCAUGCUGCUGCACAAGCCCCCGGCCCUGACCCACGAGCAGGCCGCCGGCAUCCCCGAGACCUUCAUCACGGCGACGCAGGCGCUGCACGUGGUCGGCGGCUUCGCCAAGGGCGAGACGGUGCUGUGGCACGCCGGCGCGUCGGGCGUGUCCAUAGCCGGGGCGCAGCUGGCCCGGCGCGCCGGCGCCGGCGCCGUCUUCAGCACGGCCGGGUCCGACGACAAGUGCGGCUUCCUGCGGGAGGAGCUGGGCGUCGACGCCGCCUUCAACUACAAGACGCAGGACUGGGCCGAGGAGGUCCGCCACGCCACCGCGGGCCGGGGCGUCGAUCUGAUCGUGGACUUUGUCGGCGCCGACUACUUUGCCAAGAACAUGCACGCCGCCGCGCAGGAGGGCAGGAUCGUCUGCCUCGGCCUGCUGAGCGGCACCGUCGCCAAGGAGGUCGACAUCGCCCAGCUGCUGUACAAGCGGCUGCGCAUCGAGGGCAGCACCCUCAGGGCCCGCGACGAGAAGUACCAGGGCAAGCUGCGUGACAAGCUGGAGGAGUACCUGCCGCAGUUCGAAACCGGCGAGCUCAGGGUGUUUGUGGACAAGGUCUUCCCGUGGGAGCAGAUCAAGGACGCCCAUGAGCUACUGGAAAAGAAUGUGACCAGGGGUAAAAUAAUCUGUACUAUUUCCUAG